AUGAUAAGAUAUCAUGUACAAAUUAUAAUAUAUCUUUGUAUAACCAUUCUAUUGAUGAAUGAUGGUAAUGUACAUCGACGCGAUACAAGAGUUGAAUCGAUCGAUGUAUUGUUGUGGUGUGGAUUCUCUUGGACUGGUUUUGGAAAUGAACAUUUUAAAAUACCAAAUUAUCUAGGUCAAUCAUUUAACAAGACUCAAUGUCCUGUUGAAUGUAAAUGGAUUGGAGACAAGAAUAAAAUAGAUCAAGUUGAUGCAGUUGUAUUUGAAGCACAACCAUUGGGUAAUUUUGGAUACGCCUAUUUAAAAGAGACACCACCAUUUCCACAAAAAGAUGUUGGUCAAAAGUUUAUAAACUUUGGUUUUGAACACGAAGACUAUUUCCCCAUCCAGACUGAACCGGGAUACUUGGCACAUAUCGAUGCCAAUGCAACCUUUCGUCAGUUUAAUCAGAUCCCAUUGACAUUUACGUGUUCGUGGGGUAUGUACGAGAAUGGGUCGAUUGACAAUUUCAAAGAUGCCUAUGUACGUCCGUACAAUGAAAAGUUGCGUGUCGUGGCAUUCAUGGCUACCAAUUGUAUGGGUGGUGGUGCCAUCUAUCGUACCAACUAUAUCAAAGACAUGAUGACAACCAUACAAGUAGAUGCAAUGGGAGAAUGCAUACAAAACAAAAAGUUGUCGCCCGAAGAAUUCCCCAAACCUGUCUUUGCCGAUCUCGGACUCUCCAUGAAGAUCAAGAGAGAGGUAUUCUCACGGUACCUCUUUUCAUUGGCAUUUGAAAAUAACAACAAGACUGACUAUGUAUCUGAAAAGGUCUAUACAUGUCUACUUAGUGGAUCGCUGCCAAUCUAUAUGGGUGCUCCCAACAUUGACGACUUUGUACCACGUAAUAGUGUCAUUAAAACAAAUGAUUUCGAAUCACCUCAACAUCUUGUAAAAUAUUUAAAAUAUUUAAUGACAAAUGAAACUGCUUAUAAUGAAUAUUUUGAAUGGAAAAAAGAAGUAUAUCCAGAAAUGUUUAAACAAAAAUAUUCAAGAUGUGCAUUUUAUGCAGGUGAUUGUGAUAUUUGUAAAUAUGUUCAUAAAUUGAUUGAACAAGACAAGGUAAAGAAUGGAGACCAUAAUGCGACUUUGCAACAUAGAAUUGAUUUUGGUGAACCAAAGGAGGUUAAAAAGUUUACACGUGUUGGUAAACUCAAAGCACAGAGUUGUUUGAUUGUCAAGCAGACGAGUGAUUUGGUGCCAGAGAUUAACGACGAGUUUACAUUUGCAGCGUGGAUUCAUCCAGAGGCGUCACAGUCACGUACUCUAUUUGCCAUGGGCGAUGCUAAUAGUGCCGGUGGCAAGAUGAUCAAUAUCAGCAUCGUCCAGGUAUGGCGGAGAUUCUACGUGCAGUAUUGUCUAGUGUCCAACGAGGGUGGCGGAGACUACACCAACGGGUUUGGCGAAUUGGACGAGGUGUGUAUCACUGGCGAGCGAUCCAUUACACACGGCGAUUGGAAACACAUUGCAGUCACCAUCACAAGAGAGGAUGUCGACGGACACGAUAUCCAACGCUCCAGUAUCUAUGUCAAUGGCCUACUCGACGUUACCGAGCGUAUGCCUGCACACACCACACUCAAAGCCAGCAAUGUCAUGAUUGGCUGUAAAAACAAUUUCGAAGGUUUGAUAGAUGACAUUGUCAUUCGUCGCUACGCCAUGUCUCAACAAGAAAUCUACCAACUCAUGUUUGAAAAGCUUCGUGGUGAUGAACCCGGUCUCACCACCUACAUCACUUUCUCGGACAAUGCCGCCGUCUCUGACUACUCCAAAUAUAAAUCACCUAUUCAAAAUACCGCCGUUGAAAUUAUUGAUACUCCACUUCGUAAACUUGAUUUAAAUAAUUGUUAA